UUGAGUAAGAAGAGAGACUGGUUUUCCAUUUGUAAUUUUCCCGUAUAUUAAAGCAGAUUUUGAACCUAGCGAAAGGACACCUUACCAGACAACGGAUUAUUUACUGUAGCAGAACAUUACAAACAAAAUAAUGGAAACCAAUGAUGUUAAAACAUUUCAUCAGUGUGUUGUAUGUGAUGAUGUUUUUCAACAUUAUGAUGAUUUAGAAAAACACAAUAUAAUACAUGUUAAAGAAGAGAAAACUGAUGAUGUAGAUGAAUAUUGUCAUGUUAAAGAAGAGAAAACUGAUGAUGUAGAUGAAUAUUGUCAUGAUAAAGAACAGAAAACUGAUGAUGUAGAUGAAUAUUGUCAUGUUAAAAAACAGAAAACUGAUGAUAUUGAAUCUGUUUAUCAGUGUAAAUUGUGUGAUGAAGAAUGUAAUUUAGAAACAGAUUUAGAAAAACACUGUGAAAUACAUGUUAGUCAACAAGGCCAAAUAGGAGAAAGAGAUUAUUAUGGUGAUGUUUGUAGUCAAUCUUUUAGUCAGAAACAGUCAAAAACUCAAACAGUAGAAAAAACUUAUAAAUGUGAAGUUUGUAGUAAAUCAUUUCCACAGAAUAGUAAUCUACAGAAUCACAUGAGAACGCAUACAGGUGAAAAACCUUUUAAGUGUGAUUUUUGUAUUAAAUCAUUUACUCAGAAUAGUAGUCUACAGUUACACAUAAGAAUUCAUACAGGUGAAAAACCUUAUAAAUGUAAUGUUUGUAGAAAAUCAUUUACUAAUAGUAGUCAUCUACAAUCACACAUAAGAAUUCACACAGGUGAAAAACCUUACAAAUGCGAUGUUUGUAGUAAAUCAUUUCCACAUAAAUGUAGUCUACAGAAGCACAUGAGAAUUCAUACUGGUGAAAAACCUUAUAAAUGUAAUGUUUGUAGUAAAUCAUUUGCUCAGAAUAUUAAUCUACAGUCACACAUAAGAAUUCAUACUGGUGAAAAACCUUAUAAAUGUAAUGUUUGUGGUCAAUUAUUCACACAAUGUAGAAGCCUACAGUUACACAUGAGAAUUCAUACAGGUGAAAAACCUUUUAAAUGCAAUGUUUGUAGUAAAUCAUUCACACAGAGUGGAAGUCUACAGAGACACAUAAGAAUACAUACAGGUGAAAAACCUUAUAAAUGUGAUGUUUGUAGUAAAUCAUUUGCACAGAAUGGAAAUCUUAAGGAACACAUGAAAACUCAUGCUGAAGUCAAACCUUAUAAAUGUGAUGUUUGGAGUAAAUCAUUUACUAAUAGUAGUCAUCAUCUACAGAGACAUACCACAAUUCACACUGGAGAAAAACUUUUUUAAAUGUGAUGUUUGUAGUAAAUGAUUUAUAGAUAAUUGUGAUGUCUGGUACUAUUUUACCACUUGAAUCAAGUAUGAAUGCGAUUUUGUUAAAGGGAUAAUUGGGUCCGGCUUCCUAUGCAGUCAAAAAGACACACCAUUUAUUGUGAACUUAAAUUAUUUUCUGUAUGAUUAAUUAAUAAAGUCCAGAUUAUCAGAUUAUCGGUUAUUGAAUUUUGCGAACUGUAUAUCUAUAAUUAAAUGUUCAUUACUAUAUAAUUCCCUAUCACAGAUGUCCGACUGGUUUUUUGGGUAAUAAAACGAAAUCAGAGCGAUAGUUUUCCCAUCUUGUCAAUAUUAGCAGUCAUGUGACAUUCUCCCGUCAUUUCUGUAACUAGAGAUGAAAAUAAAACCAUUUAUUGGGAAAUUAACUG